UAGUCCCCAUUGUAACAUACCCGCUGUGUGACCCUCUUAUAGGGGCUUAGGCUUACUGGAGCCUCACACUUUGAGCACAACUGGAGUUGUGGUCGGUUUUUGCUUAGAGUGCCUUCCCCUGUUUAUUUCCCUUAUAACCCCCCCUCCCCUUGAACUACGCCUUCACUUUUAGUUCCCAGGUCCUGUCUUGCCGUCUUCCCGUCUUCCGUUUCCUGGCCCUCUGGGCCUCGCGGUCCUAGGGCCCUAGGGCCGUUAGUACCGAUUCCCUACCUCCCCCUGCUUGGAGAUAGCCUUGGCUGCGACGACUGUGGUGACUGCAAGGACCAGGCGGUGUGAUGGGAGAGUGUUGCAGCUUUUUGAAAAAGCCGGAGGAUCCCAUCAGAAAGGUGACACUUGUGAUGGUUGGACUUGAUAAUGCUGGUAAAACUGCAACAGCAAAAGGAAUGCAAGGAGAGUGUCCUGAAGAUGUAGCUCCAACUGUUGGUUUUUCCAAAAUUGAUCUUAAACAAGGAAAGUUUGAAGUUACAAUUUUUGACUUAGGAGGUGGAAAGAGAAUUCGAGGAAUAUGGAAAAAUUACUAUGCUGAGUCAUAUGGGGUAAUAUUUGUUGUCGAUUCAAGUGAUGAAAAAAGAAUGAAAGAAACUAAAGAGACAAUGACUGAACUUCUAGAACAUCCUAGGAUAUCAGGAAAACCCGUAUUGGUAUUGUCAAAUAAACAAGAUAAAGAAGGAGCCUUAGCAGAAGCAGAUGUCAUUGAAAUGUUGUCUCUAGAAAAACUUGUCAAUGAGCAUAGAUGUCGUUGUCAAAUAGAAUCUUGUUCAGCAAUCCUGGGUUGUGGGAAGAAAAUUGACCAGUCCAUAACAAGAGGUCUUUAUUGGUUGCUGCAUAGCAUUGCAAAAGAUUAUGAUAUUUUACAUGAGCGCAUCAAAAAAGACACAGCUGAGCAGCGAGCUUUUGAGCAACGAGAGAAACUGGAACGAGCUGCACGAGUAAAGAAGAUACGAGAAGAAAGAGAACGAAAGAAGAAAGAGCUUGAGGCAUAUGCCAAACAUAAUGAAUCUGAAGCAGAUGCUGAGCCAGUUGUCAACCCCUUUAAGCCCAUAAAUGCAGUAAUCAAGGAGAAUGAAAAAAAAAUUGAAAAAGAGAAAAAGAGGCAGAUGAUGGGAAAAGAUAGGGGCAGCAUUCCUCUGAAAAAGCCUAGCACAGAACAGGAACAAAUGGAGACCCAGAGCCAUAUCAGCUCCAGCAUCCAAAAACACAAUGAUAUUGGAUUAAUAGACACUUGUAAGGAGGCAUUAACACCGCAGUUGGAGAAGAAAGAUGUGACAGACCAACAACCUUCUGAAAUUCUUGACUCUGGUGACUCAGGUCUAAAUAGAAAGAAAAAUAAGAGGCUCAGGUUUAAAAGAAGUAGUAACAUGAUAGUACCAAUUAAUACAGAGGAAUCUAAACCAAGGACUCCAAGAACAUCCCCAGCUAAAACACCUGUUGGCUGGGGAACCCCCAGAAUCACUAGACUUCCAAAAGCUGAACCUCUUGGUGAAAUACGUCAUAAUGGUAAAUCAAAAAGAUUUCCAUGGAAAAAAACCUUUGCCACCAUUGAUGAAUCAGAAACCCAGUAGUGAAUACCCAUGAUAUGCUUCACUCAUAGUUGAUUCUCAUGUGG